AUGGAAGACUUAUGCCAUUUCAGUGAGUUCAGUUUCAGUGGAGUUGAGGACAAAUAUAGUUCAUCAAAUGAUAGCUUAUGGGCUCCUGAGGGACUGAAUGAAGUGAAAAAGGUUCAUUUUUCUGGAGCAGAAGAUUGGGGAGAGUCUUCUGGUUUUGGGUUCAUUCCAAAUGAUCCAACUGAAGAUGAAGGAUACCUUCUAUCCACUAAGUAUCACCAACAACCAUCAUAUGAGGAUUAUGGACGACCAUUGGAUAACCUACAAUUUGACAUGGUGUCUCCACCACUCCAACCUUACCUUGGGGAAAACAUCCAAUUUGAUGAACAAAAUCCAACCUUGGUUCCACUUUAUGACCAAAAAAGGAAAAGCACAACUCAACUCAUUUAACCUCUUGAGAUCUUGAAUAACUAUGGCAAGGGUUUCAAGAGGUUAUGUGAUGAAGGAAAAAGCCUGCAGCCAGUUCAUGAUUUGGGUGUAGUUAAAAAUGAAGUUGGGAGAAAGCUUUCAACUGAAGAUGUCAUGAGGAUAGCUGGAACAAGGUUCAUUCAAUCAUCUUCAGAAUCAGCAGGUUUACAAUCCUUGGUGAAUCACCCUUUUGGAUUAUCUUUAUCUGAACUCUCUGAUGAAGAGAAAGAGGAUGUGGAACUUGCCGAAUCACUCUUGGCUUCUGCUGAGAAAGUUGGCUGUCAACAGUUUGAACGUGCUAGCAAAUUGCUGAGUCAUUGUGAAUCAUUGUCUUCAAAAACUGGGAACCCCGUUAAGCGUGUUGUUCAUUAUUUUGCUGAAGUACUUCGCCAGAGGAUAGAUAAAGAAACAGGAAGAGUUUCGUAUGAGGAUUUGAAAAAGAUGCAAUCAUUUGAUCCUGAAGAGGCAUUCAAGGACGUAAACCCUACCCUUUUGGCAUUUGAUGAAAUGCUUCCUUUCUGUCAGGUUACACGGUUCACAGCAGUUCAAGCUAUAAUAGAAAAUGUAACUGAGGCAAAGAAGAUUCACAUUAUUGAUCUUCAAAUCAGAAGAGGGGUACAUUGGACGACCCUGAUGCAAGCCCUUGAAUCAAGACAUGAAUGUCCACUUGAGCUUUUAAAGAUAACAGCUGUUGGAAGUGGAACCACUUCAAUACAUAUAAUUGAGGACACUGGUAAGAGACUGAAAGAUUUUGCUCAGAGUUUGAACAUACCCUUCUCCUUUAACAUAGUUAUGGUAUCAGACAUGCUACAUCUCAGAGAAGAUCUUUUUGAAAGAGAUCCUGAGGAAACAAUUGCAGUUAAUGCUCAGUAUGCAUUUGGAGGCAAGAUUCAACAACCAAACCAACUUGAAACUAUCAUGAGAGUGAUUAGAACCAUUAAUCCAAUUGUAGUGGUGGUAGCUGAAGUUGAGACAAAUCAUAAUUGUACAUCUUUUGUGAAGCGUUUCAUUGAAGCUUUCUUCCACUUCAGUGCAUUCUUUGAUUGUCCUGCUACUUGUAUGCAACGGGAUGAGAGACGAAUGGCUAUAGAAUCAGUAUACUACAGUCGAGGAAUCAAGAAUAUUGUAGCUGCGGAAGGAGCAGAAAGAAAGACUCGAUAUGUAAAGAUUGAUGUUUGGAGGGCCUUUUUCCCUCGCUUUGGAAUGGUGGAGACAGAAUUGAGAAUGUUAUCUAUAUACCAAGCGGAUUUGGUGGCUCAAAGAUUUCCUUUUGGAAGUUUUUGCACAUUUGAUAGGAAUGGGCAUUGCCUUCUCGUUGGAUGGAAAGGAACACCAUUUUACUCUGUUUCUGCCUGGAAAUUCAUUUGA